UUUCAAAAUUAUGUAAAUUCUUUACAAUGUCACAACUUCCCAUGACAUUGGAGAUACAAUUAUAGCAUGAUUCUUUAGCAUGGUCCUAAUAUCCCUGCCAUAAGCAAAUAGCCUUUAAAAUGAAGCUUAGUAAACUUUUAUUCAAAAGUUGCAUUGAUUUUGGCUGUUCUUUUUUCGUAUUUGUAAGCAAAUGUUUUAUGGAACUAUCAGUUACAAAAUGUACUGCUGAAAAAAAAGACAGGAAGCAUUGAAUUAUGCCCUCUUUGCUUUUUAGCCCAUUCAGAAAUAUAUAUACAUAUGAUCUUGUGUAAAUUACGAUCUACUUCUUCAAUCAUAGAGGCAUUUUCCUGCAUGAUUAUCUUACCGUCUGAAUAUCUAUUCUCUAGGUUUAUUACUUUUUUCUUAUUUUCCUCACAGGUGCAAGAUCAAUCAAAUAUUGAUCCAGUGGAUGUGAUAGGGAUUGUUACCCAAGCCUGACAUCAUGGGCCGAGAGAGAGUGAUUGGCCUAAAGUCACUCAGCCGGCUUUCAAGCCUAAGGCUGGGACUAGAACUCACUAUCUCCUGGUUUCUAACUGGGUGCCUGAACCACUAGAUCAAACUAGCUCUCUAUAUUUAUAUUACAUACGCUGUUUAAAUUAUAGAGUUUUACAAUUGGAUUCAGUAAACUAUGUUCUAAAUAUGUGUGCAUUUUUUUUUAGAUCCCGGUGAUUUAAUGUUAAGAAUUUACAGAGCUGAAUCUUAUGCUAGUCUUCAAGAAUUUAAAUCUGCACUAGAUGAACUGAAUGCUGUUACUGCUAAAAUGCCAAAUUGGCCUGAGGUAUAUUUCAGAAGAGCAACAAUACUUAAUAAUGCUGGUUCUGUAGAAGAUGCCUUAAAGGUCUUUCUUCAUUGCCUAUCUCUUGAUGAAGGAUUUGUUUUAGCUAAAGUAGAAGCAAAAAAGAUAUUGCAUAAUUUGCUGUCCCCAGAAAACAUUAGUGAAACAUUGAAAGAAUCUGCUUUAAAUACUUCAUAUGUUCGAAAUAAACAACUUAAACACAGCUCUGCAUCUGAAAUGGAAGAGUCUUAUGAUUGUUUACAGCUCACCCCAGUGUCAGUCUUAGAAGAGCCACAAGUGAUACUAGACAUUGGAGGAAAUUUGCAACGUGCCCAGUCUGCAAAUUCUCUUGAUUCUGUAGAAAAAGAUGCCAAAGACAAUGUAUUAAAAAGAGUAUCUUCUGAACCAUUGCUUUCUGGCCAAGAGAAAGAAACUCCAAAAAGGAAUGAUACCUUUUCAAUCACUUGUGGAAUAGUUCCAGAAAAUUUGGUUGAUGUAACAGACUUUGAAUGCUCAUUGUGUUUGAGGCUGUUCUUUCAUCCUGUGACAACACCCUGUGGCCAUACAUUCUGCAAGAAAUGUUUACAACGCUGUUUGGACCAUGCUCCAGAGUGUCCCCUCUGUAAAGAAAACUUAACAGAGUUUUUGGCACGUGGGGAAUACAGCACUACACGGUUGCUAGAAGAUCUAAUAUUGAAGUAUUUGCCUACUGAAUUAUCGGAGAGAAAAAGAAUUAAUGACGAAGAAAUAGCUGAACUCUCAAGCUUGACCAGGAAUGUUCCUAUCUUUGUUUGCACUUUGGCCUACCCUACUGUGCCUUGCCCCCUCCAUGUGUUUGAACCAAGAUAUAGACUGAUGAUUCGAAGAAGUAUAGAAACUGGAACAAAACAAUUUGGGAUGUGUGUACAUGACCCCCAAAAUGGAUUUGCAGAUUACGGCUGCUUGUUGUAUAUUAGAAAUCUUGACUAUCUGCCAGAUGGGCGAUCUGUUGUUGAUACAAUUGGAUUAAAGAGAUUCCAAGUUAUUCGAAGAGGAAUGAAGGAUGGUUAUUGCACUGCAGACAUUGAGGAUUUAGAAGAUAUAAAGCUAAAGAAAAUUGAGGAAAGAAUAAAGCAGCUUAGUGAAAACCAUGAAAGUGACUAGCCUUGUCCUGGAGCAGAUCCUCUUACCCUGUCCCAGGGCCUGCUGAAAGAGCCAUGGUUUUACAGAAGAGUUGCAGCCAUAUGGAGCCCAGGGAGAACACUGUUCCAUAGGGUAGGUGCAGCUGCAGAGAAGACAGGUCUCCUCGAUGUCACUGGAUGACCAUGCUUUUACACCUGGUAUCAAUUGUUUUAGUUGUUUUGGUUUGUAUGUUUUAUGAUGUACACGGCCCAGAAUCACUCAUUGACAGGAAUGGCUAUGGAGUUCAAAUACAGCUAGAGUACGACAAGCUCUACUUAGUCUUAUAGUAUACGUAAUGAAAGCAGAAAGGUAGAUAUGUAGCUAAACAAGCGAAAGGGACCAAUCACACCAGAAAACCCACCACUCGCCAGGCAGCUCACAAAGCUGACAUGAACAUGGGAACUUCCCAACUAACACAUUAGUUACAUUUUGCCCAUGUAGUUAUGAGUGAUCUUUUAAGAGUAGUCUAGUGCAGCAGUCCCCACACUUUUUGGCAAGGGAGGGGAAGGUUUCAGUUUUGCUUGCUCACUCACCUCCCAACUGUGUGGCCCGGUUCCUAAUGGUAUCGGUUUGUGGCCCAGGGAUUGGGGACCCCUGAUCUAGUGCACAUUGCAAUAGUCCAAGCUGUUGACUCAGUCAUGAAUAACUUGUGUGAAAGGCCUUAUAAUCCAGGGUUCUUUUCAUUAAAAAAAUAAUAAUAAAGAGAAUGAGCAUGCUGCAAACUAAAGCAGCAGCCUCAGAUGCUCUUAUUUCUCAAAAUGCUGCUUCAUUUUUGUUGGGACCAAGUAGAUUAUUUGGAUGUUCCUUAAGAAAUCAUGGAAAUAGAUUCUAUAGGGAAUUAUAAGAUCCUUUUUGGCUACAACAAGCAGAUCUUUUCCCAAUUUGAAACUGUUACAGGUCAUCCUCAACUUAUGACUACAAUUGAGCCCAUUAGU